UUCCUUCAUAAAAGGGGGUAGCGAGUGAAUGUGCAGAUCAGGGGCUUUGCCGACUAUUCUCAGCUCGUUCUGUAAGAUACAGCGUGCAGAAGCAUAGUCAAGAAGCAUCUCGUAUGAUCAGGAUUCAAGAGCAAGCUACGCCAUGAUCCAGGGGAUAUUCUUUGCCCGCUUUCUGCCUCAACAAGGCACUAAAGUCGUCCAUCAAAGCCCCCCAGGUUGCAUCGUCCCCGAACCCGACGUCGACCGACCCCGCCUCUUUGACUUUGACCUCCUCUCCGAGUACAUUAUCCCCCGACAAGCUUUCUGCAACCGCUACGUGACAAUCUGCGAUCCUGACUGCAAAUACCGGAUCCUCGGCCACCCCGUGUGCAUCAAAGACGAGAAAUACGAACGAAAUGAAUUCAUGUUCAACUUCUGCAUCGUUAUCAACGCUGAUGAUGACAAAAUUCCCUACGAAGCGGUGGUCCGGCGUCUUGCGAGCACGUUCACCGAGAUGGAGAUCCAGAAUCAGUUUUUGAGUUUGGAGGACUACUCUAAUUCUCAAGAUAGGAGGUCUAUUGCUGCUUUACUUGAGAUUAUCAAGGAGGAUUUGAAUAAUUACAACGAAUGCAUGAUUCCAGUUGACGAUGCAAACACAAUCAACAUGAAGCUCUUCCCCAUUCAUCCCCAUCCACCACCUGUGAAAUCGUGGCACGUGCCUAUUUCGAAGAUCAAGUUCUCCGAGAUCAUAGACGAUACCUGGGACCUGACGAUGAAGAAAGUAAUUUCUCAAAUCGACGGCAUUAAAGAUGUCCGACGAAUCGCCCACGACGCAGACGUUGCUCUCGAUUUGACAAAGAUUGCAUUGCAGCAUCUACUGUACUACGACAGUGUUAUAAUGUUAGAUCUAUUUCUCUUCGGGAAUGUUUAUGCCCCGACCCCGGAUGUGAAUGAUUUCAUCGAAGACAGGGAUGGCAUGCAAGAUGAAUGUGCGAACUACGUCUACAUCAACGGUCCUCGACUUCCAAACUUCUAUCUUUGUCGGCUGUUUACCUCACUCUGUACUUCGAGGACAGUCAAGGAAUGGCUGAAGCUGCAUAUCGACCAGGGGUUUCCGGUCUUGAAUUAUGUCGAUGUGAGGAGAUUUAUACAGUUUGGGGUGAUCAAGGGGUUGAUAUACAGAGUACAUAAGUAUACGGUGAGUGCGCAGUACCUGGCUGGGCUAGUGAAUGGUGAGAGGAAAGAGUGGAGAGAAUGGAGGACUGGAGAAGGUAUGGGACGGUUUGCAGAUGGAUGUCAUUGUUUUGAUCAGAUUUGCGUGGAGAGGAAUAUCGGGGACGCAAAGAUCAUGGAUCAGCUGUGGAAGUUUCCGAAGGGAGAUGUGGAAAUCAUAUAUCGGUGAUCCAGAGGGGAAAUCGAGUUCUGAUUUGGCACAUAUUGCGCUCCGAUCUUUUGGGUAGAUAGCAGCACAUUGGGAACAGACUCGGAGGCAUCAAACUGUAUCUAGAGCUAUAUGUCGUGCUAUGCUAUUCUCAUUACUAUAAGUACUAGGUUCAAGUCGCCUAUUUUACAAGUCAUAAC